AUCAAGUCGGUUAUUUGACCCGGGUUUUUCCUUAAGCGGUCAUGAACUGAAAUUUGGUUUUUUGUGAUCCAUGAUGCCUCAGAACUUAGGUUCCAUGGUUUUGGGACGCACCUUCAGAUCUGUCAUUUCUUCAUUCCACGGUGCUUACGAGACUCGUCUUACUUCUUUGAUGCAAAUAAUAUGAAUAAAUAUAAACGUUCCUCCAGUUGUCCAACCUUGACUUCACAAACCAACAGGACGCUUAGACGGGAAGUUUCAAAUAAUAGACGUCUGCUUAAGCGAAUCCAAAGGCAAUACCAUCGUCGGUUACCAAGACUUUUAGGAAAGCCAAUCAAGCUCAGUGAUUUGUUUGUGGCUGUAGUAUCUCGCGGGGGUUAUAAAAGAGUGUGCGAUCAUAGAUGUUGGUUAGAAGUAGCUCGGGAAUUAAAGCUACCUAGUGAAUGUGCCAAUGCAAGUGUUGGACUGAGAAGAAUCUAUUACCAAUUCUUAAGUCAUUUUGAAUUCAAAGAAUACCCUUCUCUCUCUGAACAGCUUUUGGUUCAAACUCUUGUCGAACCAGAUGUCACUCCUGAAGAUGCCACUUUACCACUUUCUUCCGUAGAGCGGAAUCUCGGUAUUGGGACAUCGUGUAAUCAUGCUCAUAUGACUUCCGUCCAGUCAGCGGUCGAUCUUUUUGAUCAGUCCCACCGGUCUCGUUUGUUUCCCUUGUUUCAGGAUUAUAAUUAUAGUAAUAAAGAGGUUCUGAAAACCGGUCAAGAUAAUGAUAUAUUUGACGUCAAUCCUAAUGCAGAUGAAUUUCCUGAUGUAUUUGAACCCUCACAACUGCGUUUAGUGGAAUCAGCAUUGUGUUCAGGUCUACCAAAUGAAAUAGAAGUUGCUUUAAACUCCCUUCUUGUUUUAUCUAUAACUCCAUCAUCUGGUUCAUCAACUAGUGUUAGGCUUGCUCAUUGCACAAACUUACUUUCUCUUCUCGUAGCAUCUGUUGGAAUAUAUGGAGAAGAUUUUGGGUCCUACAUCUCCUGUGAUGAAACUUGGGGACGUCAGAAUCAACUCAACUUUCUCAAAUUUUGGUACAGUGUUGUUCGUGAACCGUCUGGACGUAUAUUCCUCCGUCCUGAUGUUUUCAUUAAUACGGAAUACACUAUCGAUGAAAUUGGCACAAAUGAAGAAAAGGUUAUGCAUGAGCUUUUUACUCCGUAUUCCAAUCAGUAUUUUGGAACCCAUUGGCCAAUGGAAGGUUUUGAAGGUUCCCGUGUUUUGUUGAUCGCCACUAUUCUUGUUAACCUGGUGACUCCACCACCUGUUGCCUAUGCGUCAGUAGUCGAAGAUGACGAUGACGAACUAGAUUUUGGACCUAUCAUACCUUGCAACCUUUUCCCAAAUGGCUUGCCUCUUGUAACUUGGCGAGAAAAUGCACGUGUUAUUGCAGGAAGUCCAAAUGCACUUCGUUUUAUAUUUCUUUGUGCUUAUGCACAUCACUCAGGAUUGAGAUCCUUGGGGCUACAACUACUUUCAAGCAUACGUUAUCCCCUAGAUCCACCUAGUUUAUCACUCCCACUCGAUUGCCCAGAAUAUUGGACACCUUUAAUUGAUAACGGUUGUCGUCUUGGCCAGCUGACCUUAGCAUUUUUAACUCGAUGUAUUCUGGAAAGUAAUGAUCGGUGUGAUCUAAUUGCAGGUUUGAUGUUUCUGGCUAAUCUGACGAAAGUUCGUGAAAAAAUGAAUUUAUCUAGUCUUCUUGUCGGUCUACCUCAAACUGUUUGGCCCAGACUUGCCCAGUUGUUAUGCUUACCAGAUUUGGCAGUUGUGUGUGCUACUUUAGAGGCUCUUCGUUGCUUAACAAAUCUGGAUGCAACGAUGUGUUUAACUUGCUGGGAGUCCUGUUGCUUAAAUGUAAAUUCAUUCGAUCAAGAAAACAUUCCUUUUAUUUUACUCCAACCCUUGUUAGCAUUACUUACAUUAGAAGGCCAGGCGAUGGGUUCUCAAUCGCUUCAUCGCAUUAGACUUUUACCCCGAACUCCACAAGCUCAAAACGUUCAACCACAACUCCCUCAUGGGACCGGUCUACGAAUUCCUGCUCCUAGUCGUCUGUCUCCUAGUGUGAAUGAGCUCAAUCGAUCCAGGGAUGCGCCAGCAUACACUAAUGGGCAUGUGUUUAAGUCAUAUUUACGCCCAAAACUUCCUGUAGUACAUACAGUUCCUUUUGAUUCUUUUGAUAAUAACAAUAUUCAUAACUCUUCUACUUCAUCCUUCCGUAAUUUAAAGUUCGAAUCUAGUACUCAUUUAAAACAAUCCCCAAUUUCACCAACAUCUACUUGUAUAUCACAUCCAGUGUACAGACCUCAAAGCGGAAGUACUGCUUGCUCUGGUCUUAUCAACUUACUAUCUUCAGCACCACCUGCUUCAUCAUCACCUAAUAUUAAUAUGCCAGUUAUCAAUUCUACUUCUCCUAAUUCACCAAAAGUGGUUACACCUAGUCUAUCUGAACUGACGGAUAGACUUCAAAUGCCACCACCUUCCUUACCACCGCCAUCUGCAAUGCGACGUUCCAUAAAACGGACUCAUUCACGGACAAGUCUAAUUUCAUCUACUACUCAAGCGGCUGAUGCAGUAAAAGUUAAUAUUUCUUCUCCUUGUAGAACUAAUCACUCAUCAGGAAACAUGGCUGUAACAGAUCGAAUUAGUCCAACAUCUUUGCUGCUUGCGAAUUCGUGCAAUCUAAGAUCCCAACCUCAAGGAGACUCAGUUCCUGUAGGGGUAUCUAUAAACCCCAAGGAAAUUCAACAAACUGAUAAACAUGAAGUUUGUUCAGAAAAUUUUCCCGAUGAAUCUUUAAAUCAAAUAAAUAAUUCUCGUAAUUUACUACCUCAUUUGAAGCCAAUUGUGAAUUAUGAUACUUGUAACAAGAAAACCAGUAAUAAUAGUAAUAAUAAGGACGAGCUAGAUGACAGUGAAAUCAAGCCUAUUGUUAAUGGUGAAAAAACUAUUGAUCCUAUCAUGGACGGUGAAUUGAAAAGUCCAGUUAAUACUUUUCAUACGAAUGGUCUUCGAACUGGUAUUUUACAAGAAGCUGUUUUAGCUAUUCAAGACAGAAAAUUAAAGCAAACUUCUGAACAGUGUAAAUCAACUAUCAAAUGUGUCAAUGGUGUAUUAGAGACAAAGCGUGAACUAAUCUUAAGUACAAAAGAUAAUUCAAACACGGAUACUAACUCGAAUAAUGGUAAAUCAACGCCUUUUGAUGUAUGUGAGAAUUCAAAUAAAAAAUCGAGCAAGACUUAUUUAAGCAAUGGAUAUUUAACGGAUAAGAUUCAUGAAAAUGAAAAAGAUAACAGUUCACUAUGUGAAAAUAAUCCAUUGUACAUUGCUUCUAGUGGGAAUGGUAACGUCAAUAAUGAUGAUAUCAAUAAUAGUAAAAAAACUGAUGAACUGGAGAAAAAUUCAAAAUUCCGGUUUCGUGGUGUACAUUCUUCUCAUAGAUUCUUGAAGCGUCGACGAAAAUGGGGUUCAAAAAAUCGAUUGUUCACACCGAAGCGUCGACGUGAUCUGACGUCUAAACAUAUUGACUCGUCACCGACUUUGCAUGUUCCAUUAACGUUUAAUCCUGUACCUGGUUCUGUUCUGGAUCCUACUUGGAAACAACCUACCGAUCCAGUAUCAGUUCAAUCCCCUCCAGACACCAGUACUAGCAGUAGUAGUAGUAAGGCGAUAGUCGAACCCCCCUCAAGCAACGAUAACAAAAAUUCAUCAAUUUCAAAAGAUGUUAUGGACAAAUCAAGCAAACAUGAUUGUGAUGUUUCCGUGACCAGUGAAUCAUCAGAACGCAAUUCAGAAUCUGGCAAUACACUUUACAAUGCUAGUCUCACAUGUUCAGAGGAUCCAUCUAAAAUAGUUAACAUAGAAAAACCAGUAUUGUAUUUAUGUGAAUGGGAGUGUUGUACAGCUUCAUUUGAAUUGAAACACCAGGUUGCCUUUCAUGUUUACAGUACACACUUACCUAGCAAGGAAAGUUGGAAAGUAGAUGGGUCACAUCAUAAAUGUUCUGUUCAACUUGUACGUCGUUGCUGUCGUUGGCGAGGCUGUCAGUCAGCAUCACUGGCUCGAGCACCGUACGCUUUAAUGACUCAUGUGCUUGAUAUGCACUGCAGUCCAAGAGAAUUAGAAGCCCGAAGAUCAAAUCAUGCGAAGUCUAAAACUGAGUACAGAACUCGAAAUGAACAUUUUUCUGAUGUUAAUUCAUCGAUUGGAGAUACACAUCCAGAAUAUCCUUUAGUUGGUGAUCGUACAGGAUGGGGAAUCAUUCGUUCUGUUGAAGCUAAAAAUAUGCAAACUGAGCUGUUGGCUGCACAGCAUCAUUUUCUACUUACAAAUCCCAAUUGUCAUUCAAAUAUCUCAAUAAAUUCACUGGUUCAUUCAGGCAUGAAUAAUCCACCACGUGAAGGACCAGUAACAAAACAUCUUCGAGUAACUUCCGCACUUAUAUUGAAAAACCUAGCAGUACAUGUUGAUCAAGCGAGAAGGUGGUUACUUAAAGAGUCACAACUUUUAUCAGAAAUAGCAUUUGGCUGUACACCAAGCGAAACAGGAUUAAAAACAAACAAUGCCAGUCAUAUUAUUGCCCAAUGUUUAUCUAUAUGCACCUUAAAACAAAAUUCUACGAAUUGUGUUUUAUCACAUCCAUUAGAACGCCCAAUAAACAUUCCGUUAUUAUCUACAGACGCUUAUUCAUCGUUGAGAAUUCAACCGAAUGAAUCGACAAUGUAUCAGUUGAAAGAAUCUACUGUAGAUCUAGAUUCAGAUACUUGUAAUUAACAGUUAAAAGAAAAAGAAAUUGGCAGUACUUUUUAAAAAAGUGUAAUUCCUUAAUUCACAAUGCCUUUCCAUGUCUUGUAUGUUGUAGUAUUUCUUCAUAACUAUUUUGUUCAGGUUUAUUUCACUUACUCUUCCAUAUGUUAUUGUUGUGUAGAUAACAAACAAGCGUUGUUUCAUUUAUUCUCAAUCCUUCAAGCACUUCAGGGUUGUUACCGUGGAAGGCUUUAUUUCCACUUCAAAUGUGUUUACUUUUUUUGUACAGUUUCUAACAGUUAACCUCACAAAUUCUCUCUUCCUUUCUACAUAUGCACAUAUAUAUAUAUAUAUAUAUAUAUAUUCUUUAGUUAAUGUUCACUCUUUUGAUCUGUUGUGUACUUUGACAGUGAAUUUUGUUGAAUUGAUUAGAUAAUUCUAUUUAUAUAAUAUAUUCACUGUUGUAUUUCUAUUAUCAUUAUGAUUAUCAAUUCCGUGUGCAGCUCAACUCUUAUUUUUCUUUUUCAUCUUGAGACGAGAAUUUGUUCCCCCUUUUUUCCCCCACUGUUACCACACGAAAAUUGUUUUCAAAACAAUCUGUGUAUAUCUAUAAACACACACACACAUACAUACACACAGGUUAUUUAUUAACAGAACGCACUACUUGACCGCUUUCUAUAAAUAAUAGUUCAUCAAUCCUAUAUAUAUAUAUAUAUUAUUUAUUGUUUUAUCUCUGGUUUGUUCCUUUUAAAAGAAAAGUGGUGCCAAUUGUCGUGAUGAUAUCUUUUGGUUAACCUUCUACACUUCUUUUUCUUUUUUUAAAAAAACAACAACAGCCGAACCCCCUUACACUACUGCAUAUUUUGUAAUUAUCUGAGUUGCUUAUACACAUACGUAUAUAUAUUGUUUUAAAGAAGUUCUCAAUGAACUUCCUAUUAUGUUGUACAGUUUCUUGAUCAGAAUAUCCCAGUUUCUUUCUUUCUUUCUAAAGAUGAGUAAAUGUGUUUUCAUACUGAAUGAAUACAUGUGUAUAUCAAUUGUGAUAUACCCUUGUUAUAUAUACAUAUUUAAAGGAUUUAUUAUUAUUAUUCUUAUUGUUAUAGUCCUGUUUCUUUUGUCCAAAUAUGUCUAUUUUUUAAAUGUUUAUAUUCCCUUGUUUUUUCUCCCAUGUUUCUUUUCUCCGUCUCUCCAACUUUUCUCCAUAUGUAGCCCCUUUAAUCUUCCUAUUCUAAUUUAUUGCUUGAAUUUCUACACGAUACACCAAGGUUGUACAAUUUGGGGUUGUAAUAAUGACGGUAAGCCUGAUGAUAAUGACGAUGAUGAUGAUGAUUACGAGAACAAUAAUCUUAGUGCAUUUCAAUGUGAUUUUGAUCAACUCUUUUUUUAGUGCCUACUCAAGUGUUUGCGUAUUUUUUUUGUAUGUGUCUUGGUUACGUUAGUAUUAUUUAUGCAUUUG